UUGAAUUUGUUGCCUUGCAUUCCAUUCUGACUAUCUCUGGUGUUAUGCAGACGAAGAGAACCAAGAAGGCGGGUAUCGUUGGGAAGUACGGCACCCGAUAUGGUGCUAGUUUGAGGAAGCAAAUCAAGAAGAUGGAAGUCUCUCAGCACAGCAAGUACUUUUGUGAGUUGUGUGGGAAGUACGCCGUUAAGCGUAAGGCUGUUGGAAUAUGGGGCUGCAAAGACUGUGGCAAAGUGAAAGCUGGGGGCGCCUUCACGCUGAAUACUGCUAGUGCUGUGACUGUUAGGAGCAAUCGAAGGCUGAGGGAGCAGACUGAGAGUUAGAGCUGCAUUAUUCUCGUUUUUGUUGAAACGAUCUAUCUUUUCUUAAACUUUGAUUUAUGUUAUAUACUCGUAUGCGGAGCUUUUUUGAUGAAUCGGAGUAAUGGUUACCGAGUAAA